UCGACCUCGUUAACCUCUCUAGCACUUAGGUAAAAAGUUAGCCCAAAACACUUAGCUAGCCGGACUGACUUGAAAGGAUGAAGGUUGCGGUGAAGGAAAGUUGCAUGGUCAAACCUGCCAAGGAAACACCAAGGCAGCGCCUGUGGCUCUCCAACUUGGACCAGUUGUUCGUUAAAAAUAAUGCUCACAUGACGAUGCUGCAACCUUACAGGCACAACGGCUCUCACAAUUUCUUCGACGGCAGGGUGAUGAAGGAGUCCCUGAGCCAGGCCCUCGUCGCCUUCUUCCCGGCGGCGGGGAGGUUGGCCCGGGAUGAAUCCGGCAGAUUCGAAAUCGACUGCGGUGGCCAAGGCGUCCUUUUCGUGGAGGCCGAAACUGAUGCCACCAUUUCCGACAUGGGCGAAUUCCACCCAGCUCCUGAGCUGUUGCAGUUAAUCCCACAAGUUGACUUCUCCAAAGCAAUCUCCUCCAUCCCACUGCUUCAUCUACAGGUGACAAGAUUCCGAUGCGGUGGAGUUUGCCUGGGGAUCGGGUAUCACCAUGGCCUCUCCGACGGUACAGGAUCCUACAAUUUGUUCACCACGUGGUCUCUCCUAGCGCGUGGCCUACCCGCGGCGACGAACCUGCCGCCGCCUCUCCUCGACCGGACAAUCCUCCGAUCAAGAUCUCCACCGGCUCCGACGUGCCAGCACCCCGAGUACGACGACGACCAGCUGCAAACCCCACGACCACCUCGGACGUUGACUUCCACAAUGAACCUAAACCUAUCCGUUGACCAAAUCGCGCGCCUGAAAGACGAAGCCAGCAACUACACCACCUACGAGGUGGUGGCGGCGCACAUCUGGCGGUGCGUUACACUCGCCCGCAGGUUCGCCUACCAAGACCAGACCGUCCCUCUGCACGUCACCGUCGACGGUCGGAGGAGAUUCGACCCGCCGCUGCCACGUGGCUACUUCGGCAACUGUCUGUUCUACGCCAUGGUGGAGGCUUCGCCGGCGGAGCUGGGGUCGGAGCCGCUGCAGCAGACGGCCAAGAGAAUCCGGAGGGCGAUAAAGAGGAUUGAUGACGUGUACAUGAGAUCGGCCAUCGACUAUUUGGACCGGGCCGGGGCCCGGAUCCCGGGGAGUUCCGGGUCGCCCCACCUCAAGGUCGUGAGUUGGGCCCAACUGCACUUCGCGCUCAACUUCGGGUGGGGCGACCCGAUUUUCAUCCGGGCGCCGAAUUUCGAAGGGUCGUGUUUCAUACUGUCGAAACCGAACGAUGGAGACGAUGGCGUGUCGUUCUCCAUUUGCUUGGAUGUCGCCGCGAUGGAGAGAUUCAAAGGGUUGUUGAAUACUACGUGGCCACAACUUCUAAUUUCUCACAUGUGAUUUAAACGGCCGGAACCAACCUUAGCAAUCGAACUCUGGUUGCUCAAAUGAGCGGGAAAAUAAGUCCAUAUUGUGUAGUUUGCCAAAGCAUAUGUUUGAGUACUUUAAGUUUUAAGUUGUUGCAUUUGUGUUCUGAUUCGAGUCGGGUGUUUAGGUGUUGAGAGCUUGAAGUUUUAAGCUGUUGCAUGGGGGAUAGGGUUGUUGAUGAAGACCGAGAUAUGUGAUCAAUGUCAUGUAUUUAUAUUUCUCUGUUCAUUUGUAAUAAAAAUACUUGUCAAUUUGCUCAAUAUUGAGUGUACGAGCUGUCAAUUUCUUACUUUAUUAGAUCCCCUCUUGUGUUGAAAUAUUUAUCCGAACUAAUGUGUGACAAGGUCCCUCUAAAUUUUGCCAUUGAGACGACGCAUCGUUUGGUUGAAUGACGUUCGAUCGAGUAGGACUUCUAUUUCUAAUUCAAUUCUAAACAACUAGAAUUUCGAGUCUUGCACCUCGAAGGUGUGCAAGAUAGACUGAGCCGUCAUUAGAAUAAACAAAUAACGAAAUAGAGAAAAUCAAACAUCACCGCAUAAGAAUAAGAACAAUCAUAUUAAACCAAACAUCAAGUUUACAUAGCUAGAACCAAUUAGGGUUCACGUACCUACGCAACUAAGAAACUUAAUUAGCUGACCAUGGGGAGGGUGUCCUGACGUUUAUCGUCAAAAAUGAAGACUCGAGAGCACCACAGAAAUUGGGGGUCAUAACAGAGAAAACGGUCCCAGUGGGGCCGAUUUCACCGUCGAUUUCCCCUUCAAAGCAUAGACCAGGAAACCGGAUCGUACCGGACGGUUCAACUGGUUCAACCAGAAAUUGGACCAAAAGCGGUACGGUGGGCUGAUUGUGCUGAUCUUACCGUGCCGGUCGGUUUUUUCGGUUUGACCGGUUGAACCGGCCGGUACGAUCCGGUUUCCUGGUCUAUGAUUCAGCUUCAUUUCUCUGUAUUCUCGUCCAAUAUGUGGAAAAUAAUUAAAAAAGAAUAUUAUUUUGCUAUUUUUCUAUGUUGAAAAUGGGUCACCGUGGUUGUAUAAUGCUCUAUUUGGUUCUUUUUUUGAUGGAUUAUAUUUUUUAUACUAUCGCAUUUCAUUUCUCUAUCAAUAGUGAAAAACGAUAUUUACCGGUACAAAACGGUUGAACCACGGUCGUACCACAAAAUACCAUACCAGAAAGGAAUCCGGUAUGAUGUCCGGUACGGUUUCCUUUACCAUGCUUCAAAGUGGUUUCGCUCUAAGUCAUGAAGGUUGCUCCGUAGGGAGAGUAACGACUCUUCAUUGACCUCUCGUGUCCCCCCCCCUAUAUAUAGCUUUUCCAUUAGGCAUUAUGAGAGAAAACCGCCCCUACUGCGUCAUUCGGCCAAUAAAAAGCCUUUGAAGAAGUAGCUAGAGAAUCAGACUAAAUGCAUAAGAACAUCAAAUGUAUAAGAACAAUCCUAUGGUUGCUAAAAUACACUUGAAGCAAUCAGAAUAAUAAUCCAAUGCAUUAUGACGAUAUGAUAGGAAUGGUACACACUUUUGGUCACAAUGCGGGGGUUUAGAAUAUACACUUUCACGUGUCAUCAAAUAAUCUCACACUUGAAAUUUGCCUGUCUCCAAGCAAAUCUAAGCUCGGUGUUCCUCUCCUCACUAGAUCACCACGAUGACAUGUGAUUUCCGAUCUUAGAAAGUGGAUCAAGAAGCUUACAAGGUCAACACUUACACUUAGAAACCUUUGAACCUGGCAAUGAUGCUCAAACGUACUUUGUAAGAAGGAAAUAAUUCUUUUCUCGCAAGAUGGAGUUUUCGUUUUCUUUCUCGAGUCAUCUUUUACUAAUAUUUUUGGUUGAGCACAUGUAGCUUGAUUAGGAAAUAAAUAUCUCAUUUUAAAACAGGUUUUUCGUUCACGCAGAAUACAUGAUAAAACAUGAA